UAUAGGGACCUUAUCGUUGCGAAUGUUAGACAAUCUGUUAAUAUAUACGAGAGGUCAGUGCACGUCACGUAGUUAUUAUUCGGAGUUGAGAAUUCUGUGCAAAUUUAUUUGUCUCGAAGUGUAACAAAAAGAAUUCCUGAGACUCUCUCGCGGCAAGACAUUACAGGAAGAAACGCGGAGGUCUCAGGUAUAGCGAAUUUUAAAGUUGAAGAUUUCUGUUUAGAAAGAAGUGCCCGCGUACUUGAGUGGUGUAACGCUGUUGUAUGUAAUUGUGGUAUUGCGUUUAAAAACUUUAUUUUAUUAAGGCACAGCCGUCUAUUUGGCGUCUGUGAAGGGCAGACAGAGUGUGUGACAGGUUAUGUCAACUGGAUUGGCAGGUGCUGUUUCAAAUCAGCGGAUGAAAGGACAAACCAACAGUCAAGUGAGCAAUGGUCCUAAAGAACACCAGCAGCAGGCACAGACAGAUCAUGCUGGUGGAGAAGAUUCUGGGUUUGAUUCAUGGAGAGGAGGCAACAGUACACAUCAUUCAAGUUAUCCAAUUGGGACUGGUGACCCAUAUAGUCCUUAUUAUGCAGGUACUUCAUUCCCUUAUCAAACAUUUGGUGCUGGGGAUGGUACUUGGUCAAAUGGAACAGAUCCCGUUGCAUUUCUUUCUGGCUAUGGAGGUCAAAUAGGUCAUGACGCAUAUGGCAUGGAUGGAAUGUUCUCUGCUAGUGCAGGAGGUGGUUUUAGUACAUUUGGUCAACCUGCUUUUAAUUACUUUCAUGGAAAUGGUGAUUUUAGUGCUUGGGGCACUCCAAGAAAAACACGCUAUGAAGAUUAUUAUCAGGCUCCACGUGGAAAUGAAAAUUAUCCAACACCUAGUAAUGCAGAAAUUAAGACUAUUGAACAAAGUGUGCAAGGCUUGUCACUAGGAAGUGGUGAAGUUCCACGGCAAGAUCAGCAAACUUCAUCAAAUCAAUCAAUAAAGUCAGAAGUAAAAGAACCUAGAAAGAUAACAUGGGCAAGUGUUGCAAGUCAACCUGCAAAGCCUGUUCCUCCACUUUCAUCUUCUCAAGGAAUGAAAAAAAAGGCUGGAAUGCCACCACCACCUAUUGUGCCAGGAAAACAUAAUAUGGACAUUGGAACAUGGGGUGAAGGUAAAUCAUCUGCACCUCCUCCAACAGCACCUUCACCACCACAGGUACAACCUCCUAUUCCACCACCUCCACCAUUGGCUCAGAGACAAAGACCUCCUCCUCCUCCACCAUGUUGGAAUAGACAACCUACAACACCUCCAUCACCACCACAAUCACAGAUUCAUAUGCCUCCACAACAACAACAACAACAACAGCAACAGCAACAGCAGCAACAACUACAGCCACAACAACAGCAAAUUACACAAUCACAGUCACAUCCUGUUUUAGAUGAACUAAAAGUAAAAAAUGAUUAUAAUCCUGUAGAAUUUGAUGAAACUGCUCCUGGAGCUAGGUUUUUUGUAAUCAAGUCUUAUUCUGAAGAUGAUAUUCAUAGAUCCAUUAAAUAUGAGAUUUGGUGUAGUACUGAACAUGGUAAUAAAAGAUUGGAUCAAGCAUAUAAAGAAGCCAGUCGUGAAGGAGCACCUUUAUAUUUAUUCUUUUCUGUUAAUGGAUCUGGUCACUUUUGUGGUAUGGCACAAAUGGUAUCACCUGUUGAUUAUAAAAGCAACAGUUCUGUAUGGUCUCAAGAUAAAUGGAAAGGCCAAUUUCGUGUACGUUGGAUUUAUGUUAAAGAUGUUCCUAAUGUGCAACUUCGUCACAUUAGACUAGAAAAUAAUGAGAAUAAACCAGUGACUAAUUCAAGGGAUGCACAGGAAGUCCCUCAUGCAAAAGGUGUAACAGUGCUACGUAUAUUACAUACUUAUCGGCAUUCAACUAGUAUUUUUGAUGAUUUUGGACAUUAUGAGCGUAAACAAGCAGAAGAAGAUCAGCGUAAAGCUCCAGCAAAUGCUAUACAACAUCAUCAUUCUUCCAAUCAUAGAAAUAGAGGACAUUCAGAUUUAUCAAGGGAUCAUCAUUCUCAUCAAUCGCAUUUACAUCAUCAACGCAAAGAUCGAGAUGGUGGUCGUGGUAGAGGCAGAGGAGGUUCACGCCAGUAGCGAUGGAUACAACAAAAAUAUAAUACUGUUCAUAAUAGUAAUCAUCAUAAAGAAAGCACGCUACGACUAAUUAUCGUCUUACUACUUAUCUUUGCUUUCUUGGAUACACAAAAGGCUUCUAAUUCCUGUGACAAAACUUUCAUUAUUGAGACUAUUUCCUUCUGUUAAAUAAUCAACUUGUAUGAUAAUUAGCGUCGCGUCGGCAUCAUGAAUAUUAUCUAAUCGUAACUACUAUGAAGAGGAAUGCAAUUCAAUUUCAAGGGAUAUUGGGUAACCUUGCUGAGUUGUAAGCAUAUAGUGUGGUGUUGCGUGCUAUUCAUCGAAAGGUGUUUCUUAAACGUACAAAUUAAAAAUGAAAGAAAAAAAGAAAUAUGGAACAGAAGAAAAAACUGUAAUAUGUGGACUAAUCCUUGUAAAAUGCUUAAACUUUUGUUGAUAAUGAAAAAUCUAUGCGAGAACAA